AUGACAGCACUGUUCGUUCCUGCAGAAGCCAGUGUGAGACGGCUAACCGCCAACAAACAAUUCCUUUGACUCGAGAAAUCUUUGGAUCGGCUGUGUUUAGAGAAAUUGUGAACAACCAACACGCGCUAAUUACGUUCGUCAUUUGCCUCUCUGCCUGUGUGAGCUGGUGAAGAUGGUGAAGCCAGACAUCCACACUCUGGCCCACCACCUGAAGCAGGAGCGGCUGUACGUGGCGUCGGAGAAGCAGCUGAUCCAGAGGCUCAACAGUGAUGUGCUGAAGACAGCUGAGAGGCUGUACAGGUCCGCAUGGAUCGCCAAGCAGCAGAGGAUCAACCUCGAUCGUCUCAUUCUCACCAGUGCGGAGGCCUCUCCAGCUGAAUGUUGCCAACAUGCGAAAAUGCUGGAAGACACACAGUUUGUUGAUGGCUACAAGACUCUGGGCUUCCAGGAGACCAUCUAUGGCGAGUUUUUGGCCCGGUUGAGAGAGAACCCCAGACUGGUGGCUUCCUGCCUGGUGGCAGGAGAGAGGCUGAACCAGGAGCACACCCAGGGGGUCAUCCAUACAGUCUUCACCUCACUUUAUGGCAACUGUAUUAUGCAGGAGGAUGAGAGCUAUUUGCUACAGGUGUUACGGUACCUGAUAGAGUUUGAGCUGAAGGAGAGUGACAACCCUCGCCGUCUGCUGCGACGGGGAACCUGUGCCUUCAGCAUCCUUUUCAAGCUCUUUUCCGAGGGCCUGUACUCAGCCAAGCUCUUCCUCACUGCCACUCUCCAUGAACCCAUUAUGCAGCUACUGGUGGAAGAUGAAGACCACCUGGAGACGGACCCAGCCAAGGUUACAGAGCGCCUCACUCCGGCCCAGCAGGAUCGCUUUGGAGAAAAGGGCUCUGAAGGCUACAAACAGAGGGUGCAAGCAGCAGUGGAGGCCAAUGAAGCCAAGCUGGUAGCUCUGGUCAACAAAUUUAUCGGUUACUUGAAGCAGAACACCUACUGCUUUCCCCACAGCCUGCGCUGGAUUGUGUCCCAGAUGUACAAGACGUUGUCAUGUGUGGAGCGUCUUGAGGUAGGCGAGGUGCGCACCAUGUGCACAGACCUGCUGCUGACCUGCUUCAUCUGUCCAGCUAUAGUCAACCCGGAGCAGUAUGGUAUCAUCUCUGACGCCCCCAUCAAUGAAGUUGCCCGUUUCAAUCUAAUGCAGGUGGGGCAGCUUUUGCAGCAGUUGGCUAUGGCUGAUGAUGAUGCAGACCCAAGGCGGAAAAGCAGUUUGUCUAAAUUUGAUAAGAGUUGUGUUGCUGCCUUUCUGGAUGUGGUGAUUGGGGGAAGAGCAGUCGAGACCCCACCCAUGUCCUCGAUGAACCUUCUAGAAGGCCUCAGCAGGACUGCGGUCUAUAUUACGCAUAAUCAGCUGCUAGCACUGGUGGACUUUGUGCGGAGUGUGACUGCAGGGGACCACCUCCGGGAGGAGGAGCACAUGGCUCUGGAGAACCUGCUGGCCAACGUGCCCCAGUCUCGGACUGUGAAGAGCAACAGCCUGGAGCUCACUCCCUCCAACACCCCCCAGCUCUCCCCGGCUACCACUCCUGCCAAUAAGAAGAACAGGCUCCCCAUAGGACAACACUUAGCUGCUAUAACAUCCUGGGACCCCACAAGCACCACUCUGUCUGCUCACAUUCCAUUAGUAACCCCGUUUGCAGCUGCUCGUAGCCGCAGCCGUACCAACAUAGCCCAGGAGGGGGAGGCAGAGGCCAGCUCCCAAGAGUCCCUACAGGAGCUGAUGCCAGAGGAGGUGCUGGUGAUUUCACUAGGAACUGGUCCUCAGACCGUCCCUGGGAUGAUGUCAGAGAAUGAGGUUUUGAACCUGCAGAUGGCUGAUGGGACCCAGGGGGAGGGCCAUGCUGAUGAUACCAAGCUGCAUGGUAAACCAGACAAAACCCUGCGCUUUUCCCUCUGCAGUGACAACUUGGAAGGCAUCUCAGAGGGUCCCUCCAAUCGUUCUAACUCUGUGUCGUCUCUGGACCUGGAGGGAGAGUCUGUUUCUGAGCUGGGAGCUGGACCAUCAGGGAGCAACGGGGUGGAGGCUCUGCAGCUUCUGGAGCAUGAACAGGCAACCACUCAGGACAACCUGGAUGACAAACUCCGCAAGUUUGAGAUCAGAGACAUGAUGGGUCUGACAGAUGAUCGGGACAUCUCUGAGACAGUCAGUGAAACCUGGAGCACUGACGUGCUUGGCAGUGACUUUGAUCCCAACAUGGAUGAAGAUCGGCUGCAGGAAAUAGCAGGGGCAGCUGCGGAGAACAUGCUCGGCAGCCUGCUGUGUCUUCCUGGCUCGGGUUCAGUGCUGCUGGACCCCUAUGGCUCCACCAUCUCAGAGACCACAAGCGAGGCCUGGAGCGUGGAGGUCCUGCCCAGCGACUCAGAGGCCCCAGACCUGAAGCAGGAGGAGCGUCUGCAGGAGCUGGAGAGCUGCUCAGGUGUCGGCAGCACCUCAGACGACACAGAGGUUAGAGAGGUCAGCUCAAGACCCAGCACACCAGGCCUCAGUGUUGUCUCAGGUAUCAGUGCAACCUCAGAGGACAUCCCCAACAAGAUCGAGGACCUGCGGUCAGAGUGCAGCUCAGACUUUGGAGGGAAGGACUCUGUGACCAGUCCAGAUGGGGAGGAGUCAGGCCACGGAGCACACCAUCUGACAUCUCCACCCUCACAGGCCGAUUCCUUGCUGGCCAUGUUCGAUCCCCUCUCCUCUGGUGAAGGCUCCUCCACUGGAACAAUAGUGAGGCCCAAAGUGCACUACGCCAGGCCCACUCACCCUCCACCUGACCCUCCCAUCCCUGAAGCCAGUGCCCUGGGGCAAGAGACGCGCCACUCUCUCUUCACGCCUCACUGCCUGGCCCAGGCUGAGCUGGAGCACACCAAGCAGCGGCACUCCUUCCCUGACAGGCUGGUCCGCAGCCGCAGCUCUGACAUCGUGUGCCCAGGCCGCCGGCCCACAAGUGACCCCGGCCUUAACCGGCGGGUAGCAGUUGAAGAGCGUGACCCUUCUGGGGCCUACGCUUUGGGACCCUCCUCAUCCCCCAGCAAGGACUCACUGAAAGGAGAGGCUGAGGACAGGAAAGACAGUGACGAUGAGAAGUCUGAUCGCAACAGACCAUGGUGGAAGAAACGUUUUGUGUCAGCCAUUCCCAAAGCUCCAAUAGCAGCGUUUAGGAAAAGGGACAAACAAGAGAAAGAUGACAUUGCCCAGGAGCGUAUCCCACAAGAUGACCCAUUGCCCAGACAGAGCACACAAGCACAGGCAGCUGAAGACAUCCUGGACAAGUACAGGAACAUCAAGAGGCCCAGCGCGAGUGAUGGAGCCACAGCUGGAGCCUCCUAUGAUGGUACAGGAGAUCUUUGUGUUGAAGAUAAUGUCCAUGACUCUCCAAGAGAAGAUACUCUGCAAAACAUUUCCACAGAUGACCUCCCAGACUCAGCCAGCCAGACGGCACAGCAGCAUGACUCCAAGUUCUCUUUCAGUGACGCAAAGAAGAAGUUGAGGUUGGCGUUGUGCUCUGCAGACUCUGUGGCUCUGCCCAUUAUGGCUCCUGCAACCACACGAAAUGGGCUGCCUGACCACAUGGAUCCUGAAGACAAUGAGAUCGUCUGCUUCCUGAAGGUCCAGCUCGCAGAGGCCAUCAACCUCCAGGAUAAGAACCAGAUGGCCCAGAUCCAGGAGACCACGCGCUGUGUCAGCCGCUUCGACGCACGCACGUGCAGGAAGCUGCUGGCUGCCAUUGCGGAGGAUUACAGAAAGCGGGCACCAUACAUAGCUUAUCUAACUAGGUGUCGUCAGGGCCUGCAGACCUCGCAGGCCCAUCUGGAGAGGCUCCUCCAGAGGGUGCUGAGAGACAAGGAGGUGGCGAACCGCUACUUCACCACUGUCUGUGUUCGGCUCCUUCUUGAACACAUGGAAUCCAAGAUGCUUGACUUUAUUAAGGCGUUCCAGGGAUGCACAGCGGCGGAUGACAAGACAGCAGCAGUGGAGGAUUUUCUGCGCUACUUGUACGGUGCUAUGGCCCGUGAUGCCAUUUGGCAGUAUGCAAGCGAGGACCAGCUGCAGGAUGCCCAGAUGGCUAUCGAGCGCAGCGUUAUGAACCGCAUCUUCAAACUGGCCUUCUACCCUAACCUAGAUGGAGAUAGUCUCAGAGACCAGCUUUUCCAUGAACACAUCCAGCGGCUCUCAAAAGUUGUGACAGCCACUCAUAAAGCUCUUCAAAUCCCAGAGGUUUACUUGAAGGAGGCUCCCUGGCCGUCUGCACAGUCCGAGAUCAGAACCAUCAAUGCAUACAAGACGCCACGAGACAAAGUCCAGUGUAUACUGCGCAUGUGUUCCACCAUCAUGAACCUCCUCAGCCUGGCCAAUGAAGACUCCGUCCCUGGAGCGGAUGACUUUGUCCCUGUACUUGUCUUUGUCCUCAUAAGGGCAAACCCGCCCUGCCUGCUGUCCACCGUUCAGUACAUCAAUAAUUUCUACGCCAGCCGGCUGAGUGGGGAGGAGUGCUAUUGGUGGAUGCAGUUCACCGCGGCGGUGGAAUUCAUUAAGACCAUCGACGAUCGCAAGUGAAGCAGAACAGCCACCUGUAUGGGCAGACUGCGGGGGAAGGAGCCGGGAGACUGGGAGACUUCCCAACCAACUGCUCCCUCUGCACAGCUUAUAAAACCUGGCCCUCAGCCUGCUCUUUAUUUGUAUAGCUUGUACAUAGCCAGAGACGUUGAAAGAUUACAAAAUAUAUAUUACUGUAUGUAUGUGGACAAAUCCAGGUUUUAGCCGUGGUGAAAAAACGGCCUUGGGGAAAAAUUGGCAAGAUGUUAACUUUGAACCUGAUUUGGAUUUUUCCUUUUAUCUUUGUCUCUUCAGUCAUGUUUCACUUUUGGGGUCUGUAUUAGGAAUUUUAUAUACACAACAGUUACCAAUAUGACAUUAAAUCAACAUAAAAGAUAAUCCUAUAUAAAGGGACCAGACUUGCUUGAUGUGAUCACUGAUCUUAUUGUUUUCCCCCCCCCGAGUGAGAGGGAAGGGCUUCCAAUUAAAUUACAAUAUAAUGUUCAUUAAAUGCAUUGUAACGUGGGGAUUUACAGUGCGUGAUAGUUACUGAUGGGAUUUAGUGACUCAUAAACACUGUAAUCAAUUCACAAUAACCAUACUACUCAUGAGAUAUCAAACAGUAGGGCAGCUUAUUUCAUGAAUUGUUUACUUCAUCUUAUUCCCAAAAACACGUGUCAGUGGUAAUUUGGACAUAAGGGCCCACAUAUUUAUAUGAAAUAAAAUGUAUUUAUUUCUGUAAUUCUAUUUAAUGCUUUGUUUAUCUAAUUUUAAAGGAAAUGAAAAAUGCAUAUCAUGCCCUUUCAAGAUGUCUGAAGCGAGUAGCGUUGUUAUAAUAAAGUUGCGAGAAAAGCUUGAGUUAGGAAGGCACCUUAGCAGUGAAGAGGCCUCAGGUGGGGAAUGUGGGCGAUUAUGAUACAGGGUCAGUUCAUGCACAGAGCAGUGGUGGCAUUUAUGGAAAUAUUGAAAAUAGUGCCUUUGAUGUGGGGCGCUCUGUACAGGUAGUUAUUUUUGAGUUUUCUUUCUUUUUUCUUUUUAACCCAGAAUAGGCUUCAUCCCCCCCUCACACACACACACUUCAGUGAGCCAACCACGUUUCACUGAGAAACCUUUGUCCAGCCCUCGCUGCUGGAACAUGAGCAUCACCACAUCGCUGAUUGUCGUGGCUCAGUCCCUUUAAUACGCUAGAGUUUGAACAAGUAUCCCCUUCGGUAUUGUCGAUCCUACCUCAGAGUUGAAACCAAUGAGCCUGAUAUCAGUCUGUAAUACAGUUAACUGUCCUGCAUUGGUUGACAACAGAGUACUGGAUCAUUUUUGCACUGGUUAAAAAAAAAAAAAAAAUAUUAAAAAAGUUAGGGGAA